AUGGUGGCUGCACAUGGGGAAACCGAGCCAUUGCUGGCGAACACCAUCCGAGACGUGCGUGUGCCUCGUACUUCGAGGUCGAGAAAGCUGUUGGUGUUCCUCGUUUGCUCCGUCCUAAUUCUCGCCGUGGAUUUCGGCUUUUUCAUGGCAGCGGCGCCUCAGACGGCCGUAUUCGAGGAGAUUAUCUGUCGCAACCAUGGCCUGCAGCCCCGUUCUUCCAACGGGACGAGUGGUGGGUUAGAUCCGUGCAAAUCGGAGUUGGUCCAGGGGGAAUUAGCCCUCGUGUUGGGCUAUAAAGAUACGUUUGAUACACUGCCAGGUCAGUUUGGGGCUCCAAGUGAUGAUUUCUUCGACGUAACAGCUGAUGGUGUAGGGAUCUUACUGUUGCUUCCUUUCGGCAUCCUGUCCGAUCGUUGGGGCCGCAAGCCCGUGCUAUAUCUGGCUUGCUUGGGACUCGUCUUGAGUGAGAUGUGGGUGAGGACCGUCUGUUACUUCUCGGACUAUCUGCCUAUUCGUAUGAUCUGGUUAUCCGCUCUAUGGCGGAUGAUUGGCGGCGGCGAGCAAGUAGCCACCAACACUUGUUUUGUCAUGAUUGCCGAUAUCUUUUCCGAGGAAGAAAGAUCAGGCGCUCUCUUCCGUCUGCAAGCCUGUGCACUGGCCGCAGAAAUAUUGGCCACUCCACUCAGCGCCUACUUGAUGACAUUUAAUCCAGCCUUUCCUUAUGUCUUGGGCUUGGUUAUCAUAGUUGUCGGAUUUCUCCCCAUCGUUCUUCUACCAGAGACGCUCGAAGAUGCCAAGGCAACGAGAUUGAGCCAGCUUCAGCCGAACUCCAACGCCGCUAAUUCAGAGCCUGACAUUGAGCCAACCGAAGUUUUGGACAAGGCCAUGCUGCCGGAGCUCAUACGCCAGAUCCGCGAAUUCAUAGAGUCCACGCAAUUCAUCUGGCGUGACUUGAAUGUUUCUCUGCUGGUCCUUACCAUGUUCGUUUGGGCCGUGUCGCGCCAAUCCACCAACCUGCUCCUUCAAUAUGCAUCCAAGAAAUUCCACUGGAGUAUCGCACGGGCUAGCCUUCUGAUCUCAUUGCGGGGAAUCUUCCAGCUUGUCAAUUUUCUUGUCCUAAUGCCAACUCUGACCUUCCUCGCCGCCACAUACUACAACCUGCACGGGAAACACCGAGAUUACCGAUUGAGUCAGGGCAGCGGCCUACUUUCGAUCGUCGGCUUCGCCGCCAUGGGCCUUGCCCCAGUCCCGGUUCUCCUGAUCUGUGGCCUUGUCUUUCUGUCGCUAGGCUCGGCAUUUUCCACCACGACCCGCAGUCUAGUCACGUCUCUUGUAGUACCCGACCACGUUGGGACAUUGUACUCGGCCAUUGGAAUCUCACAGUCGGUCGGCACAUUCAUUGCCGGCCCCUUAUUCGCCUAUCUAUUCAAGCUAGGGAUGCAUCUUGGCAAUGCAUGGAUGGGGCUGCCGUUUCUGCAGGCGUCUCUUUUCUACGUGAUCGCUACGGUCGCCGUGUGGCGAGUUCGAAUAGGCCGAUCUACUAGCGACGAUGCAGAAGAGCCAUUGGAAUCGGAAUCGAUGUAUACAUCCGUCGAUCUUCGACCUUAG